AGAUAAAUAAAUAAAUAAAUAAACCCUCACUUUUUUUGUUCAUUCUCCCUCCCUUCUAACUUUGUCUGUGUUCGCAUCUCCCAUUUUGUAAAGUCGCAUUUUUCAAUCCCCACUCCCUGCGUUGUUCAUCUUCGCCGUUCACAUUGUUGGCCGUCGUUUGUAGUUGGAUCUCACCUCAAUCGCCUGCGCGUCUCAGGAUCGAAGCACUUCAUGCUAUGGUGGUAUCCUAACAGCACCCUACUUUAGGCACCUUUUAGGGGCAUGCUUUAUCUUCAACGAACAACAUUGGCAAGGAGUUAUAUUGAUCGGUGUGGCAUAGGAUUGAGAGCGUUUAACAAUCAGGCUGCAGCAGCUACUGGCAGUCCCCAGCCUCCCCCGCCUCCCCCACCUACAGAGAAAACUCAUUUUGGUGGCUUGAAGGAUGAGGACCGAAUCUUUACCAACUUGUAUGGUUUACACGAUCCGUUUCUCAAAGGUGCCAUGAAACGUGGUGAUUGGUACAGAACUAAAGAUUUAGUGCUCAAGGGUGCAGAUUGGAUUGUUAAUGAAGUAAAGAAGUCUGGCCUUCGUGGUCGUGGAGGUGCUGGAUUUCCAUCUGGACUUAAAUGGUCAUUCAUGCCCAAAGUAUCUGAUGGCCGCCCUUCCUAUCUUGUUGUCAAUGCUGAUGAAAGUGAACCCGGAACCUGUAAGGACAGGGAAAUCAUGCGGCACGAUCCACACAAACUCUUGGAGGGUUGUUUGAUUGCUGGAGUUGGGAUGAGGGCUACUGCAGCUUACAUAUACAUCAGAGGUGAGUAUGUGAACGAACGAAAGAAUCUUGAGAAGGCCAGAAAAGAGGCUUAUGAAUCUGGAUUGUUGGGCAAGAAUGCAUGUGGAUCUGGCUAUGAUUUUGACGUCCACAUCCAUUAUGGUGCUGGUGCUUACAUUUGUGGUGAAGAAACGGCUCUGUUAGAAAGCCUUGAAGGGAAACAAGGGAAACCACGAUUGAAGCCUCCUUUUCCUGCUAAUGCAGGAUUAUACGGAUGUCCUACCACUGUGACAAAUGUGGAGACAGUGGCUGUUUCUCCUACUAUUUUAAGGCGUGGACCUGAAUGGUUUGCUAGUUUUGGGAGAAAGAACAACUCUGGUACCAAAUUGUUUUGUGUUUCGGGACAUGUGAAUAAACCUUGCACUGUUGAAGAGGAAAUGAGCAUUCCACUAAAGGAAUUAAUUGAAAGGCACUGUGGAGGGGUUAGAGGUGGAUGGGAUAACUUGCUUGCUGUAAUUCCUGGAGGUUCUUCAGUUCCAUUGCUUCCCAAGCAUAUAUGUGAUGAUGUACUCAUGGAUUAUGAUGCACUAAAGGCUGUCCAAUCUGGAUUGGGCACUGCAGCUGUAAUUGUUAUGGAUAAAUCAACUGAUAUUGUGGAUGCUAUUGCAAGGCUCUCUUAUUUUUACAAGCAUGAAAGCUGUGGACAGUGCACUCCCUGCAGAGAAGGUACAGGAUGGCUGUGGAUGAUAAUGGAAAGAAUGAAAGUUGGAAAUGCAAAGCUGGAAGAAAUUGACAUGCUACAAGAGGUUACCAAGCAGAUUGAAGGGCACACCAUUUGUGCCCUCGGUGAUGCUGCUGCUUGGCCAGUGCAGGGUCUUAUAAAGAAUUUUAGACCUGAGCUUGAGAGAAGGAUUAGAGAACGUGCAGAACGGGAGUUGAUCCAGGCCGCUGCUGCAUAGUUAUUCUUUCAGGAAAUUUCAACUUUGAUGGGAAUUGCAAAUAAUGAAACUGCCCCAGAUAUUUGGAUGAUUGGCAUGAUUCAAGCGUCUGGAGGUCAUGUCUGCAUUUUGUUUGUUGUUUCAAAAUGACUUAUCAUUGCCCUUAAGAAACUCAUUUGGUUCUUUGAAGGUCUUUGAGGCUAGAAUUAUUAUACAUUUUUUUCCUAGUGUAAUUUGAAUGCCUCUCUUAACGCCAUUUGAUGGUUGAUAUCUAUGCUUACUACUACUUAUGUUGUACUCAUCUGAACAGAAAUUUCAUCUCCCUCUGGAACAUCAAUAAACGGGAAAGUUAAUAUCCUAGGUA